CUCCAUUUCUCCUUGGAUGACAGAGAAGCCAGCUGGAAAAACGCGUUUAUCAUCUUCCAGGACCAAUGGACCAUAAGAAGAAGGGAAGAAGCUUGCAAGAAGAAGCAAAAGCAGAGGAGGCAACCACGAAAUGCUGAAGAAGUUCUAAGGCCGGAGGAAUGAAAGAAAUUAUCUCAAAUCUAAACUUGAACCCCAGGAAGAUUAAAAUCUUCUUCGAAUCAAACAGGUUUACGCCAAGUUCCAGAAGAUCAAAAUCUUGUUCAAAUCAAAUCAAAUUCAAUUCCAAGUCCAAGCCUCAAGAUUCAAGUUCCGAACAAAUCAAAUCUCAACAAAUCAAAUUUUCAACAAAUUCUCGAAAAGCAGGAUUCAAGCCACGUCACCCAUCGUCUUCAAAUAUUUAGAUCAUUAAUCAGGGGAGUUUUGCAAUUUUGCAAUUACAAGAAGGUCAACAUCACUUGUAAUUAUCAAAAUACAAUUUGUAACAAUUUAUGUAUUUUAAUACAUGAAAUUUAUUGUACAAGUUUCUUGGCACGCCCGGUGGGACCUUCUUGUCCUCUCAUCUUUUGAUCUCAAAAUCUUCAAAUUUCAACUACUACAUCACUAAUGGCAGGCGAAAAGGCGAAACAAACUAUAACUCAUCUUGAAGGGACACUUGCUGAACUCUUUCAUGAGACCAGAGCCCAAACAAAAAUUGGGAAAACUCAACUAGUCACACCACUGAAGAAGUUCUUCAACAAAGGUAAAAUGAAAAUUGCCUUCAAAAAGCCAAACUCUCAUUCGACCGAAAAGACCAUGAGUUCAGUGAGAAGUUCUUGUUCGGGCUCCAUCUCCAGUGGUAGAUCCUUGUUUGGAUCCCCUCAUGCCACUUCUCAGCAAAAGUGGGAAGAUGAUGCCUCAUCUGAAGAAUCACUUGAGCCAGUCAUGGUCACAGAAGCGACAUCAGGCUCAGAUGACCAAAUUCAACAAAUGGCCUUAGCCAUUGAAAAACUAACAAAGUCGUUGGAAGAUAAAGAUGCACAGAUUGCUGCACUCGUACACAGGCCAGAGUCACAAAAUCCACCUACUAAAGAAGAUCAGGAAAAUUCAAGAUCUUCCAAGGCCAAAGAGUUAGAAGUCCAAAAGCCCCAACAAAAGCAAAAUAUACAUGAUCGGACAGUUGUUCAAAACAUGUUGCAUGACACCACUCAACUCUCCGUUGGCUCUCUGUCCGUCCAACAACUUCAAUAUAUGAUUGCAAACACCAUUCGUGCCCAGGAUGGUGGUUCACUGCAAUCUUCUUUGGUGUAUGCCAAGCCCUAUAGUUGUCUAAUCGACGAAAUAAAGAUGCCACUCAGCUAUCAACCUUCGAAAUUUCAAUGUUUUGAUGACAAGGGCAACCCAAAGCAACAUGUUGCUCAUUUAAUUGAGACGUGUAACAAUGCAGACACUUACAAUGACACAUGGUGAAGUAGUUUGUACGCUCCCUCAAAGGUGUCGCGUUUGAAUGGUCCACCAACUUACCAGUAGGGUCAAUUGAUAGUUGGGAUCAGCUAGAGAGAGAGUUUCAAACACGCUUUUACAGCACCCGACGAACUGUCAGCCUUCCAGAACUUGCUCGAACAAAGCAGAGCAAGGAAGAGCCUGUUGUGGAGUACAUUGAACGCUGGAGAAACCUUGUGCUUAAUUACAAAGAACGGAUAAGCGAAGAAUCUUCCAUCGACAUGUGUGCACAAGGCAUGCAUUAGAGAUUACUCUAUAAUCUCCAAGCAAACAUGCCUCACUUAUUCGAAGAAUUGGCUACACGUGCUCAUGACUUGAAGCUCCAAAUUGCAAGGCUUGAGAGUUACUUAUCAAGUGAUCCACGUAAUAAGAAGGAAAUAAAGAAGGACAUCAAGACAGGUAAAUCCAAAGAGGCUAUGACAAUUUCUACUGUUCCUGCAAAGAUAGCCUUCCAAGGGUCGAGCUCGAACUCAAAACCGAAACCAAAGUUCAGAUCUAACAAAGGACAAGUCCAAAAUAGAGAUCAUGUGACUCUGAAAAAACUUGAAGGAAAGGAGUACCCAUUCUCAGAUUUUGAAGUUUUUGGAAUUCUGGAUCAGCUCCUUGAAUAGAAAAUAAUCGAACUUCCAGCACCAAAAAGACCUGAGGAAGGUGGUAAGAUCGAUCAUCCUAAAUACUAUAAAUUUCAUAGGAUCAUUAGUCAUCCAGUGGAAAAAUGCUUUGUCUUGAAAGAUCUUAUUAUUCGCCUGGACAAAGAAAAUAAGAUCAAACUUGAAACUGGAGAAAAUUCGACAGCCACCUGCUCAAUGGUUUCAUUUGGAUCAUUUGAUCCAAUUCCCGUUCCAGGAAAGAAACAAACAUUCUCUGAUGUACACAAUGCCUGUAAACCCUCAGUUAAGAAGUUUGGACCUCAACUUCCAGAAGGAGCCAUCCCAGUAGAGUUUGAGGUAGACGGAGAAGUCACUAUCAGUUAUGUCUAUCCAGAGAUGGAUGGACCAAGCGCACCCAAUCAUUCAACCUUUCAAGAAAUUACGACAGGUGACUUGGAUGUUUGAGAUUCUGACUCAGAAUCUGAAGACGGGAUCGAUGACGACUGGUCCACCUUCAUAAACAAGAAGGAGAAAUAUCGAAUGUCAAACAAAAUAGGUAAAAUAUUACAUUCUAUGCCUUUUACAGGAAUAGAGCUGGAGGGAUUGGGUACAAAAAUUCAACCCAAUAAAGAGGAAACAUUAGAAGAAGAUUAGGGGACAUGGACUCUUAUGAAAAGACGUCGUAGAAAGGCUCCACAACUCCCAAAUUCUAAUGCUUGUGACAAAAAAAUCAAGGCCAACGAACAAUCGAAGAAGGUCUAAAGUCAAAUCAAGAGGAUUCACUAAAUUGAUGGGAGUUGAAGCUGCUUCAUGCGUUCCUCCCAGACUGCCAAC